AGUUACCUAUCACCUGUGUGAUUGUACAUUUUUACACUAAAGCCUCCAGGGGUGAAAUUGUUUGGGUCCUUCCUGCUCUGCAAACAGCCUGAGUCAUUUUCAGGCAAGGAAACACCCCCUUGCUGCUGCAGGCGGGGCAUAGUGUGAAUUCAGGAAUUUGAAACAAAGCCUGUUACAAACUGCCCAGAGGGAGCCAUGGCUGCAGAGAACCCAGUGGAAAGUGUCCAGGAGGAAGCUACAUGUCCCGUCUGUCUGGAGUAUUUCACAGAACCUGUCACUCUGGAGUGUGGGCACAAUUUCUGCCGAGCCUGCAUCAGCCAGUGCUGGGAGGGAUCCGAUACAGCCGCCUCCUGCCCUCAGUGCAGAGAAACUGUGCAGCAGAGAAACCUCAGGCCCAACAGGCAGCUGGCAAAUAUCGUAGAACUCGUCAAGCAGUUGAGCUUACAGGCAGCAAAAGGAGCAGGAGGGGACGGGGUGUGUGAGAGACACCAGGAGGCUCUGAAACUGUUCUGUGAAGAGGAUCAAACCCCCAUCUGUGUGAUCUGCAGAGAGUCCCGGGCUCACCGCGCUCACAGGGUGGUUCCCAUCCAGGAGGCUGCCCAGGAGUACAAGGAAAGAAUCCAGGCCCAUUUGAAGACUCUGAGGGAAGAGAGAGAAAAGCUGCUGGGAUUGAAAGCGACUGGAGAGGGGAAUAGCCGGGAGUAUCUGAAACAAACACAAACCGAGAGGCAGAAGAUUGUGUCUGAAUUUCAGCAACUGCAGCAGUUCCUGGAGGAACAAGAGCGACUCCUGCUGGCCCAGCUGGAGAAGCUGGACAAGGAGAUUGUGAGGAUCCAGAAUGAAAAUGUCAGUAAACUCUCCGAGCAGAUUUCCUAUCUCAGUGAGCUGAUCCGUGAGCUGGAGGGGAAGUGUCAGAAGCCAGCGAGUGAAUUCCUACAGGAUGUCAGAACCACCUUGAGCAGGUGUGAGAAGGGGAAGUUCCAGCAGCCAGAGGAGAUUUCUCCUGAACUGGAAGAGCUAGUCAGUGGUUUCUGCCAGAAAACGAUGGUGCUAAUGGAGAUUCUGGGGAAGUUCAAAGACACUCUGCCGUCUGAACUGGAGAGAAAAAGGGGAGGAUCAUUUGGAGCACACAGAGAGGUGAAUGUGACUCUGGAUCCAGACACGGCUCAUCCCAACCUUGUCCUGUCUGAGGAUCGGAAAAGUGUGAGAUGGGGAGACACACGACAGCGACUGCCCAACAACCCUGAGAGAUUUGACACUGCGCUGUGUGUGCUGGGCUGUGAGGGAUUCACCUCGGGGAGACAUUGCUGGGAGGUGGAGGUGGGGGGUCGGAGAGACUGGGCUGUGGGGGUGGCCAGAGAGUCUGUGAGGAGGAAGGGAAGGAUCAGGUAUCACCCUGAUGGGGGUAUCUGGGCUGUGGAGCGGCACUGGCUUGGUCAGUUCCAAGCUCUCACCUACUGUGUGACCCCCCUGCCCCUGAGCCGGACCCCCAGCAGGAUCCGGGUUUGUCUGGACUGUGACCGGGGGCAGGUGACAUUUAUCGAUGCUGGUGACGAGGCCCCAAUCUUCACUUUCCCGCCGGACUCCGACUUUGGGGGGAGAAUCCGACCCUGGUUCUUUGUGGGGCCAGGAUCACGGCUCUGCCUGUGUCCCUGAGACAUGCAGCAGAGGCAGGAACCGGAAAUCAGCCUCUCUAGACACACACAGUCCAGUCUGUAUGACCUCUGGCUCCUCAUCUCUAUGGCCCCUGGAAGCACCUCCCCUCCCUCUCGGCAGCCUCAGGGAUGGGGGAGGAGGGGGAAGACCCCUGGGGCUGCAGGAGGGGCCCUGAGGGGCAGAGGUGGGGGCUGGGCAGGGGGUAGCACUAAUAGCCGGGCAGGGGACAGGCAGAGGUGGGGGUGGCAGGGACACAGCAUGAAUCAAUCAGGGUUUGGGGAGUGGGGAGAAGCAGCAGCAGCAGCAGGGAGCGUUUUGUAC